UCCAAUGAUAACAGUUUCUUUCUGAUCUGCGGCUGAUUCGGAUCAUCCUCUUUGCGGCUAAUCGGGUCCAAUUUAUGUACGGGCGUAGUACGAAGAGAUCGGCUAAAGGAAAGAGUUGUUUCGCAAACGACGACGUCGACGACGCGAUCGAAAGAAGAGUGAAGCAAAAAAAACGGCUGGCAGUUCUGGGUUAGCGUUCAAGUGUUCAGAACUAGGCUAUAUAAGAGAUAAAGUACCGGGUUUUAGUUUAUAUUAUCUAUGAUAGAUGGGUUGUGAUAAUCGGUGAAACCUUGAGGGUGGACAAGGAAAUGCCUUACUGCAGACUAGUGGCUCGUGAUCGGAGUGGUGAACCAGAACUCAUUGCUCAUUGCUGAUUGAGGUGAGAGAGCGUAGGAGUUUACCAUCAUCCCGUAUUCGAUGAUCCAGCAAAGAAGUGCAUGUAACGAAAAAAAGUUGUGAUAAAAGUGAAGUGAAAUUCGUUUCAAAACCACCACUAGGUUUUGUAUAUGAAGAACCAACUCCUCGGUUGGCACAAGCUCAAGCUCAGGCAUUAUGCGACGAAGCAUCGUUGGUUUCGAGGACGGCCUUCGGAAUCCGAAUCCUACCAGUUGGCACUCGGUCCUGCUAGAACUGAUCGACAACUUUUACGCGUCCUUUAUCAUUGGCCCCCUGGUGGUGAGCUAUUGGCGCGGAACAUGGAACCUCAUGACAGACUACAUCUACCCGUCGGACUAUCCGACCAGUCUUGUGAUAUCGCUGGCCAUCGGUAUUACCGGGCACCUCGCAUUUAACAUCUUCCAAUCGAACAUCCGGCAGCAUCUGGAUGCCGACAAACACCGGCUGUUGUUCUUCCUCGGCUCAAGACUAUACACCGAAAUCUACGGUUUUGUUUGCGUCAACACUUGGCGUGGAGGCUGGGAACUCAUCAAUCUCUACACCACGCACAAUGUCGCCUACGUGGUGUUGAUAACGCUCGGAUGUGCCCUGCUCCUGGCCAUGCUCCGGGGCAUCCGAAACGUCCUGGCCUCACCGUUUGUCGUCGUCAACGAUGGACGCCGGGAGUACUUCGAUAUUCCAACCUACUUUAAACUAUCGGGCUCCAAGGAACCGCUGUUGUACAUUCUCGACUGCAUGUUCUCAGUGCUGGUGAUUGGAUCACUGGUGGUGUUCGUGUGGCGAGGAUUCUGGGUACUUCUGGACACUCAACUAUUCCCGGAAGAUCGCGCCCUGUCGGCGUGGGCAUCAGUGCUAAUAGGCUACGGAGUGACCGGAGUCACCUUCUCCCUGCAGCCGGCAAUGCGAUGGGCUUGCGAUCGACUGAACGGUGUUUGGCGCGUUGUUGUCGCUGAUUUGUUCCUAUUCUUUAGCUUCCUUGGCACAAUCAACGUGUGGCGUGGUGUGUGGCACGUACUGGACCAUUACUUCCUACCAGAAAAUCGUCUGCUAAGCGACUGGAUCACCCACAUCGUCUCACUGCUGCUGCUGAUCCUGCUGAACUGUUCCAACUCGGUGUUGGUGCGGGGGGUUUACAUCGAUGCCGAAGAACCUGCGGGCGAGUGCGUCGUGUUCCCGGUCUACUACAUCCGGCUGUUCUUCCAGAAGGAGCGCAGCAAAAAGCAACGGAAGCUGCUCGAAUCUCUUAGCCGGGCCUCCGAUUACAACAACGUCAGCAGCGUCCUGCUGGAGAAAAAACCCGCCAAGAUCGUCGAACAGAACCACCAAAUUAGCCGAAACUUGGAAGCCGUGCCACUAACGAUACUCGAUAGCGAUAAGACCAAGGGCGAUCUGCACAUUUCACUCGAAAACGAAAAGCAGUGAUGACCGCCCCCCACUUUCCCUUACAACAAAAAUGAGGAGGUGAACCCAAACCUGAAAUGGGUUUGCCCACUAAUUGAACCUAACCAAAUCAACGAAAGAAAAAAUCGAUACAUUCCUUUUAUACAUGAAUAUAACAAAAUAAGAGAAUACGGAAGGAGACAUUAAAAUUGGAAAAUGCGAAUCUGAAGUCCACAACCUAGAAUUUCUACGAUUGGCCGCUUGUGAGAAAACUAUUUUGUAUUUGUCUUAAAUAAAUUUAUACUGUGUAUGUUGACUAGGGCUAAGUAUUAAUUGUUAGUAAGUGAUUCCUCUUUAAGUGAAGAAAAAAACAAACGCAAACACAAGCACAUAAACAACAACAGCAACACGAUAUGGACAAAAACCAUGUAUAUGUACAGAGCAACGAUGUAAGCAUUCCUCUAAUUUAUCAAUACGUUUUCGUAUGUUUUAGAAUAAUAAAAAAAAAAACAAAGGUGACCUUAAACUUAUACUAUGCGAA